GUAUCCAUGUCAAUGGGAUCUCCGGAUGCUUCAUAUGCCAAAACUUAUGGCUAAAAGGGUAAAAACUACACUUCCCAGAAGGUAAGCCCUCACGCUCGCCAAUGGGAUCGCACGUCGGUACUGACGUCGGAGCCUCCGCCCCUCCUUCGCCUGGUUACUAGGGAUGGCAGUGACGGCGCCCAGGUGGGACGGGGCAGUCCGCUGGCUGGUGUGCGGCCUCGGUCUGGUCCUGUCGCUCUACGCCUACCACGUGGAGACGUCAAAGGAGCGGGACGCUGCAUAUCGGGCUAUGUGCGACAUCAGCGACUCCAUCAGCUGCUCUAAAGUCUUCACCUCCCGGUGGGGCCGAGGGUUCGGACUGUUGGGCACAUUCCUCGGCCAGGACAGCAUCCUCAACCAGCCCAACAGUGUGUAUGGCCUCCUGUUCUACUUACUGCAGGUCCUCCUAAGUCUGACCGAGAGUGCAGUGGCUGCUGUGGUCCUUCUGCUCACAUCUCUACUCUCGCUGGCCGGCUCCCUCUACCUGGCCUACAUCCUGGUCUUUGUUCUGCGUGACUUUUGCCUGGUAUGCGUCACCACCUAUGUUCUCAACCUGCUUCUCUUCGCCCUCAACUAUCGUCGGCUGAUCCGCCUGGAUGCCGGCUGGCGGCGGGGCAAGGGCAAAUUGGAGUGAAGGGGCGGGAGGGGAGGGAAUGGGCUUCUGGACCAAAUGUAGUUGCUGGAGCAAUUGCAACAGGGCAGCCAUUCUGAGGGUGAGAGAGGGAGUGGGGUGACAUGGAAUUCCCCAGAACGUACCAGGUAAAUAUCCCCCCCCCCACCCAACCACCACCUCAUCCUUCCCACCCCUGAACUCACUUCUCAUCCCA